AUGUCAUCAGAGGCUUCAUCGGAUCAAAGUCUACACCAGCUGCUUUAUGAUUUUGGAGUCAUUAUGAGACAAGUUGUGGAGUUAGAAACUUUAGUUGAAGCACAACGCGUAGUAGCAGUGGAAAAAGUUGAGGAGACUUGGAUAAGAGAAUCAGAAUACGAACGCUUAUUUUUGGAGAGUUUACCUGGUGCUCAGAGGGAAGAAGAAACAAGGAGAAGAAAUGAAGAUAUUCAGAGAAUUCGAAGGAUGGGGAGGGAUUUUGAGCACGCUAUAGAAAUUAAUGAUGAUGAUGAUAUGGA